CAUUUUGUAUCCGCAGGUAUAUAUUUAUUGAGGUGCAAGAUGUCUGCCCUGAGGCUGAUUUCUAACAGAACCUCCCAGCAGGCCUUGUCUAACUCUGAUUACACCUGGGAGUAUGAGUACUAUGACUAUGGACCAGUGUCAUUUGAAGGCCUGAAGGCUCAUAAAUAUUCCAUUGUGAUUGGAUUUUGGGUUGGUCUUGCAGUUUUUGUCAUCUUCAUGUUUUUUGUUCUGACCCUGCUGACGAAGACAGGAGCACCACAUCAAGACAAUGCAGAACCUUCCGAAAAAAGAUUUCGCAUGAAUAGCUUUGUGGCAGACUUUGGAAGACCUCUAGAGUCGGAGAGGGUCUUUUCUCGCCAAAUAGCUGAAGAAUCCCGGUCACUUUUCCACUUCUGUAUUAAUGAAGUGGAACAUUUGGACAAAGCAAAACAAAGUCAGAAAGGUCCAGGUCUGGAGAGCAAUAUCCACUUCCAGGAAGUUCCUAGAAGCAGUGGAAUGUUUGAGGAGGACCUAAAUUGUCUUACGAAAUUUAACAUUCCUAACUUUGUGAACACUGAGCAGAACUCUUCACUAGGUGAGGAUGAUCUCCUCAUCUCAGAGCCACCAAUCAUUUUAGAAAGCAAAUCGGUCAUGCAGUCUUCCCAUCGGAUCCUUGACUGA